GUGCAAGCUGAGGAAGGAGCCCUCCAGACGGAGCUUUGAGGAUGAGCUGAGUUGGACGGUGCAGCAAAUGGAGAUGCAUCGGCGCCAGAUCGAGGCGCACCAGCGCCAGCUCUCCAUUUUGGAGCGGCGCCAUGCGGAGCUGGUCACGGCGGUGUCCUCCGGGGGCGCUGUCAGCGGAAAGCUCUUUUGCAUGGAGGACGUUAUGGGCUCGGAGGUUGCUAGCACCAGCAGCAGCAAGAGUCACAGCACGUUGCUGGGCUUCACCAACGCCAUGGCCGCAGCCGAAGCACGACUGCAUGGCCCACGGCGAGUGGAGCGUGUGGAGCGUGUGGAGGAGCAGCCGAGGCCUACCAGUGCCAAUCAUCAUCCGAAUCCGGCACAGGGCUGGAAGACAGUUUUCAAAGCGCAUUGGCCGUCGAGAGUGUGAUGCGGUUCAAGGUGGCAUGGAUAAGAGCGGAUUGCAUGUCCAAAGUGGCAUGGGGC